AUGUUGGGACUACGAACUCCACCCAAAAGCCAAACAUCGGCGCCUGGCAUAAGGCGAAGUAUAGAUAAAUGGGAAGAGGCCUCCAGCCAGGGCCCGAGGGUGGCAAAAGAGGCUCCCCUGGCGGGGGCGGGUGGAGGAGGAAAGUCUCCUGCUCCCGCUCAAACCAGGGAAAAAGAAGCCAAAAAUUGCUACCUUAAGGCAAUGGCACAUCUGGCGGAGUCCAGAAAUAUUAAAACGGACAUAAAAACCGGGGUACAGACAGCCGUAAAACGGCUGUACCAACUAGUAAAGGAGGCCGAAGAGGAGUCACCGAAAAACCAAGACAAGCCAACACCAAAAGGGAAAAAAGAAAUACUAAGCGAUAAACUAGACAAACAGAUUGAAAAACUGGAAACGGAAAACAGAAAACUGGAGAAAUGUAGGAAAGAAAUGGAGGAUCUGGCAAUAAAGAAAAAUGAAAGCAUCCUGGCCGAGAUUAGGAAAGAGUUUGACGAGAAGGAAAAGAGAGAAAAAGAAAGAUAUAACAUUCUGGAAGCGAAAAUGAAGUCGUACGCAGAAGUGACAAGGGAAAAUCUCGGCCAGGACCAAAAUAGGAAAGGUGGCCCGGGACAUAAACCUACGCUGCACUCUGUCGUGGUGGAGCCGAAGAGUUCGACCGACACGGCAGAGGAUACAAUACAAAACAUCCGUCACCUACUAAAUGCGAAGGAGGAAGGAUGGCAAGUUCAAAAAAUAAGGAGAGCCAGAGACGGAAAAGUUGUAGUGGGCUGCAGGACGGAGGAAGAGAGGAGUAAACUUAAGGAAAAAUUAGGAAGAGAAAUGGAAGUAAAAGAUGCGUCAAAUAAAAACCCUCUUAUAAAAAUUAAAAAUCUAUUGUCCUGCAACACCACGGAAGAUAUCACCCGGGCCAUCAGGAACCAAAAUAAAAACGCGACUGCACACCUGGAGGAACAGGACCUGACCAUAGUGGAAAAGUAUAGAAGGAAAGCAAGAAACCCUCUGGAGAGCCACGUGGUCCUGCAGGUCGCGCCAAAACUUUGGCAAUCAUUAACAUCGGCUGGUAGGAUACACGUGGACCUGCAGCGGGUUUGGGUAGAGGACCAAUCCCCUCUGGUCCAGUGCACUAUGUGUCUGGGGUACGGACAUACCCGCAGACAUUGUAAAAAGGAGACCGAGGUGUGCAGUCAUUGCGGAGGAGCCCAUUUGAGGGCAGAUUGCCAGAUCCAAAAGGAAGGUAAACCUCCCAGCUGCGUUAACUGUAUAGGAAUAAAAGGAAGAGACGCGGAGCACGGAGCCUUCAGUCAGAGCUGUCCAACCCGGCAGGGGUGGGACAAGGCGGCGAGGCUAAGCUACGCGUAUUGUUAA